UUCGACUAUUCCAUUUUUUAAUUCCACUCGAUAAAUAUGCGCGACCAGUGUGUGGUCCUCGUUACAUAAAUACGUAAUGUAGGUUGCAUAAACAGGUAGACUUUUAAAAAAACUUUAAUCGAUUAAAUGAUUCCGUAAGACUUUGUUGGGAAAAAGAGAAAUUCCAUGCACGAACACAAUGACCCAUGAACUGGCGAGUAAGAAAACGAAAAGUGAGUCCGUAAUGUCGUAAGACAUGAAAUGAAAUUAAGGAAACGAUUAAGCGAUUCAUAUAAACGUUGCUACACAAAUUGCAUUCGUCCGCGACAUUAACGCCAGUAUUCCUACACAAAACGAAGUGUCCCAGAUUUUUAGGUUAGAAAUAUUUACUCUGACAAGGCGCCUUUGGUCUUAAUUUUUGUGAUAUACAAUUAAGUGCUUUGAAUAUAUUUUACAUUCAAAGUUUAAGUGAUAGGUACGGAAGUAUCCAUGGUAAUUUUUAAAGUGUCCAACAGUCAUAAAAAAGUCAAAAUAUUAUUUCAAAAAUGUCCAAACGACCCAAAAAUGAUCAAAAGCAAUUGUUCAUCAAUCUAUCCCAAGAACUGCACGAAUUGGUAAGCAACAAACACGAUUUCAAAAAUGCGCUGAACAGCUUCCUGAACAAUCUAGUCGAUGACAUGGUGCUGGGCAUUAUAUUUGAUCUCCACAGAAAGUACAAAACCAAUGCUUAUGAACUAGAUGACAGCCAAGAUGAAGAAGAGAACAAGGACAUAGAUAUUUUUGCACAACACAACAUGAAAAAAACUCAGGAAUGCAUGUGCCCUAACUGUGAAAGGCCUGUGGCAGCAUCUCGGUUUGCUCCACAUUUGGAAAAAUGCAUGGGAAUGGGAAGAACAAGGUCCAGAAACGCCUCUAGGAGAGUGACUACAAAUCACAAAGAAAGAGAUGGUACUUCAUAUAGUGGUAUUACUAGUGAUGAUGAUGAUGAUGCUGACUGGGGUUCCGGCGACAAACGACGAAAGAAAAAGGCAAGAAAUGGAAAUAAAAAGUCUAAAGGAACUCCAAAGAAAAAUUUGGAUUCAGACCAUGCUGAACCGUUGAAUGUAGACAUUGAAGGUGAUGAUGAUGAACUCAACAGUCUGAGGGACAUAUUGCAUCUGCAGGAUCAUUCUAACAGUUCGUCUCCAGCUGAAUCCUUGUCCAGCAGCCAUUCCAGUUCAUCAAAGAAAAGUAGUAAAUAGUGUUUCGGAGGUUUGAUAAAAUAUUGUAUAGAAUGUUUAUAAUAGUUAAAAUUGAAUUGAAAUUGUACUAGGAAGAUGGACAUGUACUUUUACUUUAUGUGUAUUAUAAAACAUUCUGUUAGUUAUCAUGUAAUUAGAGAUAUUGCAUUGCAUUUAAUUGCAAAUAUAAAUUACAUACUCACAAAAUUAUAGCAUGCUGAAUUAACAAAUUUUAGGGAAUUUUUAUAAAAAUUAAUCUAAGAAUGUCUUCUGUGAUAAAACACUAUUAAAUUAUUAUUUAAAGCAGUAUAAAAAUUAUAUAAGACAAAAGCAUAUCAGAAGCUAAAUUAAAUGAAUGUCCAAGACACAAUAAAGAUUAGCAAAUAUCACUUUAAGAGUUUAACCAUUGUAUUAAUUAAUAACAUCGGUAAAUUUGUAUAAAUUAAUUGUUUUAUUUUAAAUUUGCGUUGAAAAUGCUUCAACAUUUUUAGCCAAUUGUAGCUUUUAUACAUUAAUUAAUUAUUCUUGCACUUGUUGAACUAUUCAAUAUAUUUUCUGGCAAUCACUUUUUUCCUACACAACAUUGUAUUUGUGUUAUACCAUGAGUAAUAGUUAAUGACAAUAAUCAGAAUGCAUUAGUUUUGUGGGUAAAAUGUUAUUUUACUAAAAAAAUCAUAUCAUUCAAUUGGGAUAAGUGAUUGCAAUAAUCUAUUUUACUAAUGUACCAUCGCGGGCAUAAAUGCUGUAUCAAUUUUGGACAGCUUGCACCUUCACAUUCUGGGUGACCCCACUGUGGUAGACUGAGCACAGUUCCCAAAACGUGAAUGUGCAGACGCACUUAUGCCUUCGAUAGUAGAUUAAUGAGUUUAAUUUGUGUAGUUACUUUUAAAUGAUUAGGGUCAUCAAGUAUCAAUUACUGACCGUCAUUUUGUUGUGUGCCCUCUACAAGCAGUGACUAGUGAUAUGCCUGCAAAUACAAUAAAAAUAAGUAUUUGUGAAAAAUAUGAAAUGUUCCGUAUACCACUUGUGACUACUGAUCAAUACAUUCCAGUCUCAGCUUAAUGUAUGACGUUUGUUUAAAAAACUUGUAUGUUAAGCUAGGAUUGAGGUAGACUGUAAAUCAUUACUGAUUCAAUUAUGAACUAUCUAUAAAAUAAAAAUAUUUUUUAUUUAU